AUGAUUUGGGAUGUGGCCGCUUUGGUAGCAAGUGUGCUCGGCGCCCGCGGGUUGCCCGUCCAAGGUGCCCUCGGCUCGAGGGAGGAGCCCGAGUUUGUGACCGCUCGUGCUGGCGAGAGUGUGAUCCUGCCAUGCGAUGUGAUCCAUCCGCUCACGGGACAGCCCCCUCCCUAUGUCGUGGAGUGGUUCAAGUUCGGCGUCCCCAUCCCCAUCUUCAUCAAGUUUGGGUUUUACCCUCCCCAUGUCGACCCGGAGUAUGCCGGGCGGGCCAGCCUGCAUGACAAAGCCUCCCUGCGCAUUGAGCAGGUCCGUUCAGAGGACCAGGGCUGGUACGAGUGCAAAGUGCUCAUGCUGGACCAGCAGUACGACACCUUCCACAACGGCAGCUGGGUCCACCUCACGGUCAACGCUCCCCCCACCUUCACGGAGACGCCGCCGCAGUACGUAGAGGCAAAGGAAGGCAGCAGUGUCACCUUGACCUGCAUGGCGUUCGGCAACCCCAAGCCCAUCGUCACCUGGCUGAAAGAGGGAGACCUUUUGGGUGCCAACGGCAAGUACCAGGUGAGCGACGGGAGCCUGACGGUGCUCUCCGUCAGCCGGGAGGACAGGGGUGCCUACACCUGCCGGGCGUACAGCAUCCAGGGGGAGGCUGUGCACACCACGCGCCUGCUUGUUCAAGGACCUCCCUUCAUCGUUUCCCCUCCGGAGAACAUCACAGUCAACAUCUCCCAGGAUGCGCUCUUCACCUGCCAGGCCGAGGCGUACCCCGGGAACCUCACCUACCUGUGGUACUGGGAGGAGGAGAACGUCUACUUCAAGAACGACCUGAAGUUGAGGGUGCGGAUCCUGAUCGACGGAACACUGAUCAUUUUCCGUGUCAAGCCAGAGGAUGCUGGAAAAUACACCUGUAUCCCCAGCAACAGCCUGGGCCGCUCGCCAUCAGCCUCUGCCUACCUGACAGUGCAGUAUCCUGCCCGUGUGGUGAACAUGCCCCCCGUCAUCUACGUUCCCAUCGGGAUACACGGAUACAUCCGCUGCCCAGUUGAGGCAGAGCCCCCGGUCACUCUGGUCAAGUGGAACAAAGAUGGACGUCCCCUGCGAAUCGAGAAGUAUACUGGCUGGAACCUGCUGGAAGACGGGUCGAUCCGGAUAGAGGAGGCAACCGAAGAUGCUCUCGGCACUUACACCUGUGUGCCUUAUAACGCCCUGGGUACGAUGGGCCAGUCUCCCCCUGCCCGACUGGUACUGAAGGACCCCCCCUAUUUCACGGUGCUACCAGGCUGGGAGUACAGACAGGAGGCAGGGAGGGAGCUGUUGAUUCCUUGCGCUGCUGCCGGAGACCCCUUUCCCAUCAUCGCCUGGAGAAAGGUAGGGAAGCCCAGCAGGAGCAAGCACAACACGCUGCCAGGCGGCACCCUGCAGAUCCGCUCCCUCGGCAAGGACGACCACGGCGAGUGGGAGUGCGUCGCCACCAACGUCGUCGCAAGCAUUACUGCCAGCACCCACCUUACCGUCGUAGGCACAAGCCCUCACGCCCCAACCAGCGUGCACGUUGUGGUCGCCAUGACCUCAGCCAACGUCUCCUGGGAGCCCGGCUACGACGGUGGAUAUGAGCAGACUUUCUCAGUUUGGAUGAAGAGAGCCCAGUUUGGCCCCCACGACUGGCUAUCUCUCCCUGUGCCAGCUGGUUCCAGUUGGCUACUGGUGGAUACCUUGGAACCAGAGACUGCAUACCAGUUCAGUGUCUUGGCUCAAAACAAGCUGGGUACUAGCUCCUUCAGUGAGGUGGUCACUGUGAACACUCUAGCAUUCCCUGUAACAACUCCAGAGCCUCUGGUGUUGGUUACCCCACCGAGGUGCCUAACAGCCAACCGGACACAGCAAGGAGUCCUCUUGUCGUGGCUUCCUCCCGCUAACCACAGCUUCCCCAUUGACCGCUACAUCAUGGAGUUCCGCAUCGCAGAGAGGUGGGAGAUCUUGGACGAUGGCAUCCCGGGGACCGAGAACGAGUUUUUUGCCAAGGACUUGUCCCAGGACACCUGGUAUGAGUUCCGGGUCCUGGCGGUCAUGCAGGAUCUCAUCAGCGAACCCAGCAACGUUGCUGGCGUGUCCAGUACAGACGUAUUCCCUCCGCCUGACGUGACGGAUGAGGGUCUAGCCCGCCCAGUGCUGGCUGGCAUCGUUGCCACCAUCUGCUUCCUGGCUGCUGCCAUCCUCUUCAGCACACUCGCCGCCUGCUUCGUCAACAAGCAACGCAAACGCAAGCUCAAGCGCAAGAAAGACCCUCCUCUCUCGAUAACCCACUGCAGGAAGAGUUUGGAGUCCCCGUUGUCUUCCGGCAAGGUGAGUCCUGAGAGCAUCCGCACGCUCCGUCCCCCCUCGGAGUCCUCUGACGACCAGGGCCCGCAGGCCAAGCGGAUGCUGAGCCCCACCAAGGAGAAAGAGCUCUCUCUUUACAAGAAGACCAAGCGAGCCAUCAGCAGCAAGAAGUACAGCGUCUCCAAGGCGGAGGCUGAAGCCGAGGCCACCACCCCCAUCGAGCUCAUCAGCCGCGGGCCGGACGGCCGCUUCGUCAUGGACCCGGCGGAGAUGGAGCCCUCCCUGAAGACGCGGCGGAUCGAGGGCUUCCCCUUCGUGGAGGAGACGGACAUGUACCCCGAGUUCAGGCAGUCGGAUGAGGAGAACGACGACCCUGUCGUCCCCGCUUCCGUCACCGCCCUGAAAGCCCAGCUCACCCCUCUCUCCUCCAGCCAGGAGUCUUACCUUCAGCCACCAGCAUACAGCCCCCGGUUCCACCGGGCGCUGGAGGGUCCUGGCGCCCUGCAGGCCACCGGCCAGGCCCGCCCGCCGGCCCCCCGGGCUUUCCACCACCAGUUUUACGGUUACCUCAGCAGCAGCAGCCCCGGGGAGGUGGACCCACCGCCCUUCUACAUGCCAGAAGUCAGCCCGCUGAGCUCGGUCAUGUCCUCCCCGCCGCUGCCCCCCGAGGGGCCCUUCGGACACCCCACCAUCCCCGAGGAGAACGGGGAGAAUGCCUCCAACAGCACGCUGCCCCUGGCCCAGACCCCCACGGGGGGCCGGUCCCCCGAGCCCUGGGGCAGGGCAGAGUUCCCCUUCGGUGGUCUGGAGCCAGCCCCCGCGCCGUUCCCCCAUCAGCUCCAGCCCUGUGAGGCAGCCGAGGGCACCCAGCCCACCGGCUGCCUUCCUCGGGGGCCGCCCCCCUCCUCUCUCCAGGUGGUCCCCGCAUCCUACCCGGGCAUCCUGCCCCUGGAGGCACCAAAGAGCUGGACCGGCAAGUCACCCGGCAGGGGCCAACCCUCUGUGCCCACCACCACCAAGUGGCAGGACAAACCUAUGCAACCCAUGGGAUGUCAAGGGCAGCUAAGACAUACCAGCCAAGGUAUGGGCAUACCCGUGUUGCCUUACCACGAACCGUCCGAGCCCGUCGGCCCCAGCGGCACAAGCACAUUCAGCCUGGACACCAGGUGGUACGAGCCCCAACCCCGACCUCGGCCCAGCCCUCGGCAGGUCAGGAGGGCUGAGCCCAGUUUACAUCAGGUGGUGCUACAACCUUCGAGGCUUUCUCCUCUGACCCAAAGCCCCCUCAGCUCCCGCAACAGCUCCCCGGAGUUGACCGCCCGUGCCCGGCCCCGGCCGGGCCUCAUCCAGCAGGCGGAGGUGUCGGAGAUCACCCUGCAGCCCCCUGCGGCGGUCAGCUUCUCCCGCAAGUCCACGCCAUCGACAGGAUCCCCCGCGCCGAGCAGCCGGGGAGGCAGCCCCAGCUACCGACCUACCACCGCCUUCACCUCCCUGGCCACCGGCUAUCCUGGCUCCCAGGGCUCCUCCCUGCCUGUGGACACCAUGGAUGUUUUCGGAGACAUCCCGUCUCCAGGGAGGGCCGAUGAGGAGAUUCUCCAACCGGAGCCGACAUCCACCACCACGGUAGCCACCACGGGAAAACGUCCAUCUCCGUCCGGGGAUGCUGCUGCACCUGAGAGGCUCGAAGCUCUGAAAUACCAGCGGAUAAAGAAGCCCAAAAAGUCAUCCAAGGGCUCUUCGAAAUCCAGAAAACAAUCCAACGGCUCUGCCUCCCAGGUUCAGCACCUUCCCAGCUCUCAGGUACUGUGGCCUGACGAAGCUGUCUGCCUCCGCAAGAAGAAGAGACACCCUCGUCAGGACCCCUUCGCCCGCCUCUCGGCGCUGAAGGACGACCUCUGCCACCGGCAGCUCCCCGAAGACCAGACAGCCAUUCUCAACAGCGUGGACCACGAUGACACCGGCGGGCACGCCACGUUGCUUUAG